AACGCGCGCCCCCCUGUGGUGAAUCCUGCACUCUGCACGCCGGCUUCUUCCGGUAUGAUGCCGACUUGCUUCCUUCCCUUCACUUUUCUUUGAUAAAUAGAGAGGUAGGCAGACGGCUGGAGAUUUGUGCGUGUCGGUGUAUGUGAGACUAUGCCGUUGUUAUCAUUUUUGCUGCUCUUUACUCUCGGCACUUGGUCUGGUGCUGUCGGUGAUCCUAAGCCGCAGAUGAACUACAGCUCUGUGACACUGCCGAGUCUUCACAUCCCUUACUUCCUGAACAGCAACACACACAUGGAAAGAGUUUGCCGAGACGACCCUCUCUGUCCAUUUAAAGAUGCUCUGUCACAAAAGAAGUCUUGUUGGGGUUAUGAGAUGAGCUGUUCUCCCGAGCACAGGUUCAGCUUCCCGACCUGCACCAGCGUGGACUCUGCAUGGGCUCGCACAGUGCAGAUGGCUCAGGAAAUCUUCUGGAAGCAGGCCGACUUUGGCUAUGUUAAAGAGCGUCUGAGCGAGAUGAAGACCAUUUGCACGCCUUUAACUCCUGGGGAAUCCUCUCUGAAGUGUACGAGCCACAUGCGCUACUGCAGAGCCACCAACCUCUAUCUGGACCUCCGGAAGCCCCGCAGGGGUCAUGAGAGGUUUAAUGAGGAUUUCUUGCAGAAAGGGGAGGUCGGGGGUCACUGCAGACUGAACAAUGAGGUGUUGAAGGCAGAAGGGGAGCACAAGAGCCCCCUGCAGUCCUGGUUCGCCGAGCUGCAGACGUACACGGAGCUCGACUUCCAUCCCAUAGAAGACGGGCACUGUGAUGUCAUUAUAGAGCGACCCACAGUCUUCAUGAAGCUGGAUGCAGGUGUGAACAUGUACCAUCACUUCUGUGAUUUUGUCAAUCUGUACGUCUCUCAGCACCUCAACAACUCAUUCAGCAGAGACAUCAACAUCGUCAUGUGGGACACGAGUUUUUAUGGUUAUGGAGACCUCUUCAGCGAAACCUGGCGGGUUUUCUCCGAUUAUGACGUCAUACACCUUAAAACCUAUGACACAAAAAGGGUGUGUUUCAGGGAUGCUUUUUUCUCACUAUUACCACGGAUGAGAUAUGGCCUCUUCUACAACACACCCCUGAUCUCAAACUGCCAGAGUGAAGGGAUGUUCAGAGCAUUUUCUCAGCAUGUCCUUCAUCGACUCAACAUCCCACAGGAGGGACCCAAGAGAGACCGAAUCCGGGUCACACUGCUGGCUCGGAGCACGGAGUAUCGCAGGAUAUUAAACCAGCAGGAGCUCAUAAAUGCCCUGAAGACUGUGGCUUUAUUUGAGGUCAAGCUGGUGGAUUACAAGUACAAAGAUAUGCCAUUCCUGGAGCAGAUCAGGGUGACUCAUAACUCGGACAUCUUUAUCGGGAUGCAUGGCGCUGGCCUCACACACCUGCUCUUCCUCCCGGACUGGGCCGUCAUAUUCGAGCUCUAUAACUGUCACGAUGAAGGCUGCUACCGGGAUCUGGCUCGGCUCCGGGGCGUUCACUACCUGACCUGGCAGAGAGCAGACAAAGUGUUCCCUCAGGAUAAGGGACACCACCCUACACUCGGAGAUCACCCGAAAUUCACUAACUACACCUUCGACCGCGAGGAGUUUAUGCGCUUGGUCAUGUUGGCUGCAGAUCACGUGAGGAGACACCGGGCGUGGCGUUCCACACAGAGACGAGAUGAGCUGUAGCACACACACACGCACACACACACGCACACACACACACACACACACACACACACACACACACACACACACACACACACACACAGAGUGCUGUAUUGUAAAGUGCUGAUUUCAGGAUCAUUAUUUUUCUUCAUAUAAUAAUACUAUGGACUUAAAAACUGAUCUGAGAUCAGCACUUGUGAACAACUCUUAUUUAUUGUACAUUUCAGGGAGACGUAAUUCUAGAAGAAAUUCUAGAAGUUCUAUAUAUCAUGAAUAUGGAAGUUGACCAAUUUCUCAUUUUCCGAUUUUCAGAUGAUAAACAUUUUUCUGAGGCUGGUUUUCCUGGCAGGAUUUCUAGACAUAAUAUUUCCUGACGUUUUGUCUUAUUUCAACUUUGGAAAGCUUGGAAAGAGACAUAAGGUCUAAAAAAUAGGCUUUAUAAUACUUUAGCAUCUGUUAAUGAGAAAUAUUAGACAAAUUCACCUAGAUAGAAAAUAUUUUGGUUGGGAUAUCAAUUAUAUCAGUGUCCACUAUCACAAAAACCAUGAAUAUAAUAUAAUAUAAUAUAAUA